CGGUUAUCUAACCCUAUGCACCAACAAACACAAUUAGCCUUGCUAUAUUUUCUCCUCACACACAGUCUCCACUUUUUGUGUGUGUUUUUCUCCGAAAUUAUCGCUUCACAGUCAGAGCUACCGGGAGUCACUGCAAUCUGUGUGGUGGACGGAAUGGAUCAGUAUGAAAAAGUUGAGAAAAUUGGUGAAGGAACAUAUGGAGUGGUCUACAAAGCUCGUGAUCGUGUGACUAAUGAAACUAUUGCGUUGAAGAAGAUUAGGCUUGAGCAGGAUGAUGAGGGUGUCCCAAGCACUGCUAUUAGAGAGAUUUCUCUUCUGAAAGAGAUGCAACAUGAUAAUAUUGUCAGAUUGAUGGAUGUGGUGCACAGUGAGAAAAGAUUGUAUCUGGUUUUUGAAUAUCUUGACUUGGAUUUGAAAAAGCAUAUGGAUACAUGUCCAGAGUUUGCGAAGGAUCCGCGUAUAAUAAAAAUGUUUCUUUAUCAAAUGCUUCGCGGAAUAGCUUAUUGUCAUUCACAUAGAGUUCUGCAUCGAGAUCUAAAGCCUCAGAACUUGCUAAUAGAUCGCCGUACCAAUGUACUAAAACUUGCAGAUUUUGGACUGGCAAGAGCAUUUGGUAUUCCUGUUAGGGUCUUCACACAUGAGGUGGUGACACUGUGGUACAGGGCACCAGAGAUCCUCCUUGGAGCUCGCCAGUAUUCUACACCUGUUGAUGUCUGGUCAGUUGGUUGUAUCUUCGCAGAGAUGGUGAACCUGAGGCCACUGUUUCCUGGAGAUUCUGAAAUCGAUGAAUUAUAUAGAAUAUUCAGAAUCUUGGGUACUCCAAAUGAGAAUACGUGGCCUGGAGUUACAUCUUUACCUGAUUUUAAGACUUCCUUUCCGAAAUGGCCAGCUAUGGAAUUGAGUACGGUGGUCCCAAAUCUCGACUCGGAUGGCAUUGAUCUCCUCUCUAAAAUGCUUUGCUUGGAUCCGAGCAAAAGACCUUCAGCCAGGAGUGCUCUCAAGCAUGUAUACUUCAGUGACAUUGCGUUGGUACCUUGAGUUGCUAUGUACAUCUUCCUUAUAAGCAAUGUAUAUCGGUAUCGGGUUGCAUGGGUUUUAAUUUUUUCAAGUAGAUCUGCUGUGUGUGUAAUUUAUUCACUCAAUUUCUUUGACAAAAUAUAUGUCGACAGUUAAGUAGCUUGCACCACCGGCAUUAGGAUUUGGUUUGUGCCUGCUGCAUAGACUCUCUGAGUACAUGUAUAUUAUUGGUGUGUUUUUUUUUCAACCACAUGUGUUAAAGGUAAUGUCAUGUAUACAUGAGUAUUUGUUUGAAGUAUAUUUAUUUUAUUUUUCAACA